UCCGGCCGUCGCUUCCGGAUCGAACAUGGUGGGGAGCAUGAGAGCAUGAUGGAGAACAUAUUUGAGAGUUAUGACCAAGCUUCUUUGGGAACCAUUACAAUUUACAGCCGUACUCCUUAUCAUUUUUUUUGUUCUUUUAAUGAUUUGAUCACGUCUUACAAUUUCUAACGGUAGUUGCAGUGGCUCCUUAUGACUUGAAUGAUUUUUUUUCCUUUUUCUUUUAUGGUUUUGAUGGGAUCUGAGAGGUUUUGAAAAUCUCGCGCCCUGAGAAACGACCCCUACUACUUCUCUCUAUCUCCCGACCAUGCCCCAUCACUAAUUUCAGCGGCACACACCGCCACUGCACCCAAAUCCCACCUCCAAUCUUAUGUUAAGGUCCAUCUUCCAUGCCUCCCUCGCAGGCUUCCUCACCACCCCAUCUCUCCACCACCUGAAGCCCUCCCCAAAUUAACCGAUGUGGGACCUUCUCUUCCUCCCAUCUCAACAAACUAAUCACUCACAAUCACAGAGUCCCCCUUCGCAACAGCGGAACCAUGAGCGAUGUCUUAGAGAUCUUAGGCCCCUUCGACCAAAUCUUCCACGCUUCCGACGCCCAGAUCUCCUGGUUUCGAACGUGUUGUUGGAUAUGUAUUCAAAAACUGGGAUGCUCGAUAGCUGUGUCAAGCUGUUUGAUGGAAUGCCCGAGAGAGAUCAUAUAUCUUGGUGCACUUUGAUUUCAGGCUAUGCUGCCCACGGUUUCGAUCUCGAGGCAUGUGGGCUGUUCAGGAAAAUGUACCAAAGCGGCUUAAAGCCCAACCACUUUUUGAUAUCAUCAGCAUUAAAGGGGUGUUCGAUGUCUGGGAUUCUUGAUUUGGGCAUCUUGAUUCAUGGACUGGUGAUUAAAAGUGGGUUGGGAUUUGAUAGAUUUGUAGAGAUUGGGCUUGUAAGUAUGUAUGCAAAAUGUGGGAGUUUGGAUGACGCCCUGAAGAUGUUCUACGAAAUUCCUGUGAAGAGCCCGGUCACUUGGAAUGCUAUGAUUUCUGGCUAUGUAAUGAAUGGCCUCUUCAUAGAGGCUGCGGAGCUCUGCCGGGAGAUGUGUCGAGUAGGGUUUCUUAUGGAUUUGGUGACUUUGAGAAUAGUUGCCAGUGCUGCUUCAGUUUUGGAGACGUUUGAUUUUUGUAAAUGUCUUCAUGUCUACUCUAUUAAGAACGGAUUGGAUGCUGACAGCUACGUGGUUGCUGAGUUUGUCAGAUUGCUAACCAAGCUCGGAGAAGUGGACUAUAUGGGCAAGCUCUUUAGUGCAGUUAAGAAACCUGAUGCAUCCUUAUAUUCGCUACUUAUCUCAGGAUAUCAAUUUCAUGGUCACAGAGUAGAAGCUGUGAAGCUUGCUGAAGAACUUCUUGUUUUGGACAGGAGUCCAAAGCAGGGAGCUUUGGUUACCAUUCUAAAUUUGUGUCUUUGUCUGGUUGAAGGCAGGCAAAUCCACAGUCAUAUCCUGAAAACUGGACAGUUCUCUUACCUUUCAGUUGGCAAUGCUUUGAUUUCCAUGUACAUUAGAUUUGGAGAGAUGGCCGAUGGAAAUUCAGUCUUUCAUAGGAUGCCAGAAUGUGAUGUAGUUUCAUGGACGGCAGUUAUGGCAGGUCUCAUUCAUAAUCUUCAGUUUGAGGAAGCAUUUGAGACUUUUCAUGCUUUCAUGAAAACUGGCAUACAAUUGGACCAGCAUUCUGUAGUCACAGUAACAACUGCUUGCACAGGUCUUCUUGACAUAGAUAAGGGCAAGCAGAUCCAUGCUUUGGCUCUGAAACUUGGGUUUGAAUCUUCUGAUUUUAUGAAUGCAUCUAUGCUUCACAUGUAUGCAAAGUGUGGGUACAUCGACAGUGCUUCUAGGCUGUUUUCUUACUCAUCUCUUUCACAAAAUCUGAUCUUAACUAAUAUCAUGCUUGCUGGGUAUUGCUGGAAUUCUCAACCGGUGAAAACUCUUGAACUUUUCACCAAGGAGUAUCAAUCUGGCUUGAUCCCUGACGAAUUCAGCUAUUCUACUGUCCUUGGUGCUUGUGCCGAUAUACGAUCAAAGGGGCUGGGUGAGCAGAUUCAUUGUCGUAUUGUCAAGAGUGGUUUUGAGUUUUCGGAUGUUAUCGUUGGAAAUGCAAUCAUAAACCUCUAUGUCAGAUGUGGAUGCAUAUCCAGUGCAUGUAAAUGCUUUCACAGCAUGAAAAGGUGGAAUAGGGAUUCAUAUGCAACGUUGAUGUUGGGCUAUAUGCAGAAUAGAGGAAGCAACGAAGCUCUUAGAUUGUUCUAUCAGAUGCAACAAAGUGGCUUACGUGCUAACCCGGUUAUCUUCGCUAAAAUACUUAGAGGAUGUGCUGAUAUGGCUGCAAUUGAUCUUGGGAAACAAAUUCAUGCUUCCAUUAUAAAGAUGGGUUUAGUUUCAGAUGUCUACAUUGACAAUGCUUUGGGAGGCAUGUAUAUGAAGUCUAGAGAUGCGGACAGAGAAAGGGAAACUCUUGACGAGAUGUCAAUAAGAGAAGAUGAGAUGUGCAAUUCCAUGAUUGCUGGUUUUUCACAGGUUGGAGAUAGAAGGGAGAAUGUUAAAGCUAUUACAUUAUUCAACUUGGAUGGAGUAAAAGAAGAUCACCAUGGUUAUGUGGAUAUCAUGAACCUUUAUACUAGUGCUGCUUCCCGGAUGCUUCAAACAUCCUUCCAUUCUUGUGUGGUUCAAAAUGAUUGCAGGUUUGAUGUGUCACUAAAGAACUCAAUGGCUCUAGACAAUUCAUGGGAUGGACUUAACAAGCAAUUAGCAAGAGAAAUGGUUGUGCGGAACUCUAUCAACUCUGAGUCUGUCAAAAAUGAAAGUCAAUUUGUUGAGUUGUUGGAGUCAAUGAAGGUGGAGGGAAUAAUUCCAGACCAUGUAAUUGUAAUUAUUUUCUUAGGUAACUGCAACUUGAAUAUAUUGGAUGAGAGAACCAGCUACUUCAAGUCUUUUAGAAGAUCGUGGAUUGGUGAUCAUGAUGCAAAUGCACUAUGCUUUCCUGGCCGACAAGUGAGCCAGCUUGGGCAGCUGAAAGAAAACCAUGCAUGUGUGGCAUAGGUUCCUGUGAGGCUGAACUGUCUUGGACAUUUGCAAAGCCAUGGGGAUAUCAAGUUUUGUGCAAAAUAAGGCAUGACAUAUGCAUGAUGAGGAGGGGGAUUUACUUGGUCAUUCUUUAUCUUUUUCAUAUGUUCAUGCUUUGUCAAGGAGAUGAUCUGAUAUGGAGAUCUUCUUGAAGAAUACGAGAGGUUAUAAAAGAAAGGAGUUUAUCUGUAGUUGGGUUUGGAGAAAAGAUGCACUUUGCAGGAAAAAUACAAUGAGCUGGAACCCCUCCAAGUUUUUUUUUCAGAAGUUCUCACUUGCAUUGUUUUUCAUCCAACUGGAUUGGGAAAGCAUUAGUUGCAUUAUAUCAUAAAAAAAUUGUUGGAAUUGGCAUCUACGAGGGCCAGUUUGGUUGCUGGUAAUUGAACUCUGGUAGAUGGAGUUGUGUGGAGCUGGAAGAACAGCAACUCCAGUUACAUCCAAGUGUCUCUGAUAAAUGCCACCGUCUGCUUUGAGCUGCCAUCGCUCAGACUAUAAUUACACUACAUGCUGAUGUUACAUUGUACAAAGCAACAGGAAAACCAGAAAACUGCCAAUCAAUGUUUCCGACUUGUAGGUCAUUCAGUUACAUGCAACCAAACACAUGCUAAUUUAUGUCCUGAUUAUGUUCAAGCAGUAAAUCAGUUGCAGGUCAAGUACAAGAAAGCAUUUACCCUGAGACUAGGCCAAACAUGGGCCAUCAAAAAUUUCUGAAGGAUGGACAAAUGUUGUUUGUUUUGACACUUAUGAUAAGAAGAAUCAUAUUGAUGAGGAGGCACGUAAGAUAUUCUUUUCUUGGAUUAAUUCCUGCUCAUAAGGAAAUACAGUAGCUCAAUGGCUAUCAUUUAUUUAUCCAAAAUAAAGAGAUUGUGUUUCAAAAGUCCAAUAAUCAACCAAAAAGCAGAACAGCAUCAGAAUCAAAAGUAUGCAAUGUUCUGCUAUUUGAUUUGCUCAUGUACAAAUAAAAGGAAAAAGAAAAAGGAAUAUAUCGCUGUUUAUAUUUAC